AUGCCUACCGUUUCCGUUAAUAAGAAGCAGCUCUUCCAGUUGCUUGGUAAAGAAUAUACGAAUGAAGAGUUCGAUGAGCUUUGUUUCCAAUUUGGUAUUGAGUUGGAUGAAGAUACUACUGAAGAAGCUCUGAAACUAGGGGAAGAACCUGAGCUAAAGAUUGAAGUUGGUGCCAACCGCCAUGAUUUACUCUGUAUUGAAGGUAUUGCUCAGGCAUUGAGCGUUUACAUUGGUAAGAUUGAGGCUCCUAAAUACAAAUUAUCAAAGCCUACCACGAAAUUGAUUAUAGAUCCAUCUACAGAAAAGGUUAGACCUUACGCUGCAGCCGCCAUCUUGAGGGACAUUCAAUUUGAUGAAUUAUCCUAUGCAUCGUUCAUUGCCCUACAAGAUAAACUACACUCUAACAUCGGUAGAAAUAGAACUUUAAUUGCUAUGGGUACUCAUGAUUACGAUAGCAUUCAGGGUCCAUUCCAUUUCUACGGUCUACCACCAAGAGAAAUUCAUUUUGCACCAUUGGGUCAAACUAAGCAAUUUUACGGUGAUGAGUUAAUUGAAUUUUACAAGCAACCAGAACAAAAGAACAACAUUGGUCGUUUCGUUCACAUCAUCGAAAAUUCUCCUAUUUUCCCAGUGAUUAAGGAUAAUAAUGGUACCGUUUGCUCAUUACCACCUUUGAUUAAUUCUGACCACUCCAAGAUUUCUUUGGAUACCAAAAAUAUUUUCAUUGAAAUUACUGCUGUGGAUAAGACAAAGGCAGAAAUUGUCUUAGAACAAUUGGUUACCAUGUUUGCUCGUUACUGCAAGGAACCAUUCUCAGUGGAACCAGUGGAGAUUGUAUCUGAGCAUAAUGGGGAAUCUCGUAUUACACCAAAUUUGAAGGAAAAAGAAAUGGACGUUUCUGUGGAUUACAUCAACUCCUGUCUAGGUUUAGAAUUGGCCCCUAAUGAAAUUGCCGCUUGCUUGAAGAAGAUGUCUCUGGAUGUUAUUUCCUCUGGUAAUGAUAAGACUUUACGUGUUUUAAUUCCUGUUACUAGAUCAGAUAUCUUACAUCCAAGCGAUAUUAUGGAAGAUGCAGCUAUUGGUUAUGGUUACGAUAACUUACCUAAGGGUGAAAAAUUGUCCAACGCAAAUUUCAUUGCUACUCCAUUACCAAUUAAUAAAGUCUCAGAUAUCUUUAGAAUCGCAUCUUCACAGGCUUCAUGGGCUGAAGUCUUACCCUUGACUUUGUGUUCUCACGAUGAAAACUUCAAAUGUCUAAGAUUAACAGACGAUGGUACCCAGGCCGUCAAAUUAGCCAACCCUAAGACUCUUGAAUAUCAAGUGGUUAGAACCACGUUGUUACCUGGUAUUUUAAAGACUGUAAAGGAGAACAGAAAACACUCCUUACCUAUCAAAGUCUUUGAAACCGGUGACAUCGUUUUAAAAAAUGAUAAAUUAGAGAGAAAGGCAUUUAACGAACGUCAUUGGGGUGCUAUUCAUGUUGGAAAAACCUCUGGUUUCGAACUAACCCAAGGUUUAUUGGGUAAAAUUAUGCAAACUUUCAGAACUGAUUGGCUUGCGGAUUACGGUGCAUCUUCAAAUGGUAGAGGUUAUUGGAUAGAACAAGACGAAUCUCUACCAACUUAUUUCCCAGGUAGAGGUGCCAGAGUCAUGUUUAGAUCAAAGGAAGGUGAAACCGCUAAAAUGAUUGGCCAUUUGGGUGUUUUGCAUCCUGAAGUUAUGAUCAAUUUCGAUGUCCCAUAUGCUGCCUCUUAUGUGGAAUUGAAUGCUGAAGUGUUUUUGUAA